AUGGGUAGAGAAAAAAUACACAGAUUAAUGGGCGAAGAAAAAAAAUCAUCUGUAGAAGAAUCUUUAUGUAGUUACUGUCUAUUACCCCCACAUUUGACGAUUCUUGGAGAGGUCCUUCUGUGGCCGACCAACUGCUCUGUAUUGGAAAUAUCCAUUUCAUCGUUGGUGGUUAAUGAGCUAACAGGCAGAAUUGUUGAGCGUCUAACGAGAAGUGACUGUCUUCGACUAACAGAUGGCGAUUGUCUUUGGCUAAUAGGUGGUGAUUGA